AUGACGUCUAAGGCUUGUUCCACAUUCGCAGACGAGGUUCCCGGCCUGACAGGCGGCGUGGCUGAGCCGGCCCGUGGUUUCGUGGCUCCUCCCGGGCGGUUUCCACCCCCCCCCGAGCUGAACUCCGCGUUGGGGUCGCUGAACGACACUGCAACGCGGCGGGAGAACUGGAUGCUCUGGGCAGUGCCGCCGCCGCCGCCCCCGCCUUCGUCGUCGCCUUCCACGGUCGGGUCAGAGCCUUCCUCGGACACGCAUCCCCACCUCGCGGCCCAGCCUCUCUCCGGGGUGCCGCCCCCCUUCGACAUCCAGCUUCUUCCCGGGGCGCAGUCCCCUUUCGAUGCCCAGUCCCCCGUUGAUUCUCAGCCUCAGCUCAACUUCCAGCCGUCGUGGAAUUUCCAGGCUUCGACGUCAUGGUACUGGAGACAGUCUCCUGAAACAUUUCCUCAGCUUCAGAAGACCCACAAUCCUCACGAAAAGAAAGGAACCAGUUUUUCACUAUUUUUGUGAUACCUGUGAUCGUGGCUUUAAAAAUCAAGAAAAGUAUGAUAAACACGUCUGAACAUACAAAAACGUAUGCUCCUGGUAUGAAGAAGAUGAAGGUUGAUGCUCCAGAGGAGAUUGCAGGGUGGAGGGAAGAAAGAAGAAAUGAGAGCUACAUUCUUUCUGAGAAAGCCACCGUAUUCUUUCACGUGCAGGAAAGAUAAAAGAUACGUAAUUGCUGUGUUAGAAGAAUGUAUAAAGAGUUUCAUAGA